GGAGCUACUAGUGAGUUGCUCUUGUCGGAGAAAAGAACAACGUAGGACAAGCAAGCGAAUCGCUCGCGGAGGUAUUACCCCAAUGGAUGUUAUUCCCUGCCUGGUAAAUAAAUAGUUCUCAUUGAUCAGCUCCUUUAUAAUUUCCUAAUAUUCCUUUGUUGUCUAACUACUGUAUCCUUCUCCAGUUCCUCUCCGGUUAACUAGUUACCAUAGUUUAAUUUACCCCAAUACAUACUCUAAGUCUAGAUAGAUAAGCGGCUCCACCGACGAUCCAACAUGUCUACUCCGAACUUUUCCUCUCUCGUUUGCCACCUUUUUCCUCAACCCCUAGGGUCUGAGGACCACCGGAAAUAUGCAGCAAGCCUUUUGAGAAGCGGCUGUGAUCUUGCGCAUCAACACGCCUUUCAGGCAAUCGAGACAGCUUCCUAUCCGCAUUCGAUCGCAUUUGUUUUCCGAUCGCGUGACUCGUCGCGAUGGGCGAUACGAGCAGCAACCAGAAUGGCUCCAUCCAUAACAAUCCCUGGCGGAGAGAGGACACAGAAGACAAUGUGCUAGAAACAUCGCAAAGCCACGGGCAAGGAGCGGCCGCAGAGGCGCGCGCAGCGGACGAGGCGCAUCUCUCAGAGGUCGCCGCGCCGCCUCCCAUUGACAGAGAAGAAGAAGAGGAGAAGGAGAAAAGGAGUAUCCCGCCCAAUCCGGCACGAGAACAGGGCAUCCCGCUGUCUGAACUUGCUGCUCCGCCUCCAGUCUCUCGCGAGCCUUCGAGGCGACGUCCUUGGGACCACCAGGUCUCGCCGACAAGGGAGAGUCCGCCCCCUCCGGAACUGGAGCAGGCAGAGAAACGAUCGUCGGCCGCUGCUCCCUCGGUCUCGAAACGUGCGACUCAGCUCUAUGUUGUUUCUUAUCUGGUCUUCUUCGCAAUUCUGGGCACCCUGGCGCGUCUGGGCCUGCAAGCGUUGACCUUCUACCCAGGUGCGCCGGUCGUGACAAGCGUGCUGUGGGCGAACGUGGGUGGCUGCAUCCUGAUGGGCUUCUUUGGUGAAGACAGGAAUCUGUUCCGGGAGGAAUGGGGAGAUAACUCGAACCCACGGACUGAGGAAGAUGAAGCUGCCUUCGCAGAAUGGGCCAAGAAGCAUAAAUCGGUCAAGAAGACAAUUCCGCUGUAUAUCGGAUUGACGACGGGCUUCUGUGGAUCCCUCACUUCUUUCUCAUCCUUCAUGCGGGACGUCUUCCUCGCUCUGUCGAACAAUCUCAGUGUCCCAGUCGGCGGCCACGUCUCCCGCAACGGCGGAUAUAGCUUCAUGGCGCUUGUCGCGGUCAUCGUCAUUACCGUCGCACUGAGUCUCUCCUCUCUGAUAUUCGGCGCGCACUGCGCUCUCGCUCUCGACCCAUUGUCUCUCACGAUCCCGUUCAGAUUCACCCGGAGAGUCCUCGACCCCCUCAUCGUCUUCCUCGCCUGGGGCUGCUGGCUCGGCGCCGUAUUCAUGGCCAUCUGGCCUCCAGACCGACACGACGGCCCUCCAACCCACGAACACUGGCGUGGACGCGCCGUCUUCGCCAUCGUUUUCGCCCCGCUAGGCUGUCUGCUUCGAUUCUACGCCUCUCUGCAUCUAAACGCCCGCAUCCCCGCCUUCCCCCUGGGUACCUUCGCCGUGAACAUCUUCGGCACCAUCAUCGAAGGCAUGUGCUACGACCUCCAACACGUCUCCGGCAUCGGCGCGCUCUCCGCCACUGCCUCAAUGACCAAAUCCAUCCUCACGAGCUGCCAGGUCCUCCAGGGCGUCAUGGACGGAUUCUGCGGCUGUACCACCACCAUCAGCACGUGGGUCGCGGAGCUCAACGGUCUCGGACGCAGACGCCAUGCCUAUUUCUACGGCCUUAUGAGCGUUGGUGUCGCGUUGGCCUUUUUGGUUAUUAUCAUGGGCAGUCUGCGGUGGACUAUCGGGUUCAAGAAUCCGGUUUGUGCAUGAUCAUCAUCGUCAUCAUCGUCAUCAUCAUAAUAUAUGCAUGCAUACAUUGCAUACGUACAUACACACAUACAUGAAAAGAAAAGUCUUUCGGGACUUGGAAGGGGUUAUUGAGACGGUUCUAGAUUUCAAGAUCUGAUGCUCAUCUCUACUAAGAACCAUUUCAUUAUCAUCUUCUCAUUAUUUAACUUAGAUACCCUUUACCCGUCUGGAUUACUGGUAACUAACUAUAUAGUGCUAGUAUAUAAUUGCAUAAUACAAUAAAUCCAUCAAUCAAUCAAAGUUAUUCUUGGGACUGUUCUUCUACUGUCCGUUUUCAAACCGUCAGGGGCAGGUUGAACAUUUGGACUUUACGAACCAGUCAAAUAAAUCUGUAUGGGUAAAUGUUGGUUAGAAGCCACCAUUGAUCCGUCUCAUUGAAUGAACGGUACACCCUCAAUGCGAAUCCAGCACAUGAAGAUGCUCAAU